AUGUCAGACCCAAAUUUCCACAUCACUACACCACGACUCUACCUCUCCUACGCCGACCCCUCAAAUGAAGCUCACAUCGAUUUCUCCCUGGAACUCAUCAACGGCGCACCCGCACUCCGUUCUCAAGGCUCCACAGGCACCAGCGCCGCAGACCGCGACGCCGCCCGCAAACGCAUCGCCGACACAAUGACCAGCUUGAAAAACAAAGGUUUCGGCCGCUACUUCGUUUGGCUGCGUCCCGAACCCUCCUCCUCCUCUUCUUCCCCCUCCAACACCUCCACCCCAUUUUCCUCGCGCGCCCUCGAACCCAUCGGCUCCGUAGGCCUGCAGCUCGCCCGCCUCGAGGGCAUCAAAGCACCGACGAUCCCGGACGUAGGCUUUAUCUUCCUGGAAAAGCAUCAGGGCAAGGGCUAUGCGACGGAGGCUGUACGUGUGCUAAUGAAGUACUAUGAGGAGGAGAAGGGAAUAAGUGUUUUUUCGGGGUUUACGAAGGAGGAUAAUGAGGGGGCGAGGGGGUUGUUUCGGAGGCUGGGAUUUAGGAAUCAUGGGGUGCGCAGAGUCAGUGGGAUUAUGUGGAGUGGGGAGGAUAUUGAGGCGGAUACCUGGACGUGGGGGGUAGAUGAGGGGGUGGGGUUGGAAGAGUUCGGGAUUUGA